AUGCUUGAUCCGACUCCCAGUUUGAACGCGAAGUUGUCAAAGUUGCCGAGACCCAAGCCACUGCGAGCAACCUAUCCUGAGCGAUCCUUGCGUGCAGAUUGGCAAUGUGAUGUUGUCUGGAUACAUGAGAUGCUAGACUCGAUUUAUAGUUUUACUUCGAAGGAGGCGAAGCUGCAAGUGCUGCCGCUGAAGGCAACAUACCCUGAAUCGUUCUUGGAAGUUCAUUGGCCAAGGGAUGCUACCUGGAUACACGAGAUACUCGAUUCAUCUUACAGUUUCACAUCAAAGGAGGCGAAGCUGAAAGCACGGCCGAUGGGCGCAAGAUAUCCUGAGCUCUGCCUGCGAGUCGAGGAGCCAAUGGACGCCACCUGGAUCCACGAGAUGUUGGACUCGGCUUACAGCUUCACGUCGCAGAAACCGACCACGCAAGUCCUGCCACUUCGAACAACAUACCCUGAACGGCCUUUGCAAGCAAAUUGGACUGGCAUUCGGAGAGGAUUGAUGCCGGUUCACAACAGCACCCCGUCCUGGAGCCAGUCUCGCAGCGAACGGAUGCCACGCUCUGUUUCGAUGUCGCCUGGGCCAGGAAAGUAUAAUCCAGAGUACCUCAGCUUUGAGAAGUACAUGCCGGACAGGCUGCGGAAGCUCAGGGAGCGAAAGGAGCAGAGCAGGAGGAUCGCAGAGCGCGCCAUGAGUCGCGAAGCCGAGAGGCAGGGCCUUGCAAGCCCCCAGCGCCAGCGGCGACCCCGCUCCCACACCAUGUCAGGGAGCUAG